AAAGUUGAGAAACAAACAAACUUCGAGCGAACAGACGCAGCACACCUCACGACCGCGCGCGCACACGCGUUUAGGGCGUUUAUUUUGGUCAGAUGUCGGUGUAUUCAUGAUGACAACGUGCAUUAAGAUCAGUGGGUGGAUGUUUUUAGGUGCUUAACAUUUGCGGAAGACGGAUGAAGCGCAUGUAGCGGAUCUUAACUCGGCGUAAGAAUUAACAGAUGGUGAAAUGGAGUUAUCGGAACAUAUAAAGACCGCUAAUGUUGAAGAUGUUACUCUGAUACGACCUUUCCAUCCACCGCUGAAAGGAACCCUGUGUGUUACCAGCCAUCACCUUUUAUUCUCGGAUAGAAAGGAAGAAGGUUCUCGGCAACUUUUGCUUCUCCUCAGGAACAUCGAUGCCAUUGAGAAAAGUGUCGAGAAUCUUUUCGGAUACCCCAGCUACACAUCUAAAGCAGGCCCAAGGGCUCAGGGAUCGUCUGGCACUGUUACUAUUAAAUGUAAGGACCUGCUUGUCCUUCAGCUGGAAAUUCCUGGAAUGGAGGAAUGUCUGAACAUAGCCAGUUCUAUAGAGACUCUCUCGUCUUUGGAAAGUGUAAGAGAGAUGUAUCCCUUCUUCUACAGACCUUCACAUCUCUCUCUUCAGGGUCCAUGGGGUCUGUCUUCAACAGAGCAGUAUUACAAGCAAACAGAAAGAUUGUGGGACAGCUGGAGGCUCAGUAAUGUAAAUUCGGACUACUCUGUAUGUCCGUCGUAUGCACGCACUGCCAUUGUUCCUCGCGAGGUGGAUGAUGACAUGCUGAUCCGCUCGGCACGGUUCAGGCAGGGCGGCAGGUUUCCUGUGCUCUCCUACUGUCACCAUAGGAACCGAAUGGUCAUCAUGCGAAGCAGUCAGCCUUUGACAGGAGCCAAUAGAAAGCGAUGCAAAGAAGAUGAGCUUCUUCUCCAGGCUGUGAUUGGUGGGUCAGAAUUGGGUUACAUCGUCGAUUUGCGUUCGGCCCAGCAAGCCCAGCAAGCCCGGAUGACAGGAGGAGGAUUCGAGUCUAAAUCGUGCUAUAACCACUGGAAAAGACUGCACAGACACCAUGAAAGGGGUAAGGUUCUGCAAGAAAGCCUGAUCAAGUUGGUGGAAGCGUGUGCUGAUUCAUCUCACAGUGUGGACCGAUGGCUUAGCAAAUUAGAGAACUCCAAAUGGCUUUCUCACGUUCACAGCGCUUUGUCCACCGCAGGUCUUGUAGCAGAAUGUGUGGAGAGGGAUGGUCACUCUGUGCUUGUUCAUGGCUCGGAGGGAACAGACACCACAUUGCUGGUGACCACGCUGGCUCAGCUUAUCUUAGAUCCCGCCUGUAGAACGCUUAAUGGAUUCCUUGGCCUGCUGGAAAGGGAGUGGAUACAGGCUGGACAUCCGUUCCAACAGCGCUGUGCUCAUUCGGCCCAUUCUCACGCCCGUCUAAAACACGAGUGCCCAUCUUUCUUGCUGCUGUUGGACUGUGUAUGGCAGAUGUGGAGGCAGUUUCCCCUGGCGCUGGAGUUUAGCGAAGCCCUGCUGCUUCGGUUGGCACAGGAGGUUUAUGCAUCUGACUAUGGGACCUUUUUGUGUAACAGCGAGCAGGAGAGAUGUGCUUUAGGGGUGAAGGAGAACACACACUGUUUGUUUCAGUCCCUGUUAAAGCCCGAUAUAGUAGAGCAGUACCUGAACCCACUGUAUGAACACACGGAUUUGGCCAUCUGGCCCUCAGUGCAUCCUCAGUCUUUACAGCUAUGGACAGGUUUGUUCCUCAGAUGGACUGAGCAUGCUCAGAAUAUGGAGGAAGCUCGGGAGGAGAUUCUGAACAUUGUAAAAGAGAACCGUCAGAGAGUUGGACCCGACCAGACCACUCCCACAUCCAGUACACACUGUGAUACCUUCACCCCAUUCGAGAACCUCAUGGAUGAGUUGACUAUAUUUUGACAUCAUAGUGCAAAAGACAUUUUAAAGUCCUUUAAAAGCACAACUGAAUGUUUUUCAUCAAGCAUACGGUCAUUUAAAAAGCUAUCAAACAUUAUUUGCCAAUUGGAUGUUUUAUUAUUAAAGAAUAAUCAGACAUACUGUAUGUUAAAGACCAUUUAAAGAUCAGACAUAUUGACUGCCUUCUGUCUGAGCAUCAGUUAAACUGAGUAAAGGAUGAAUCUAAGAUGUUUAGAUACACAUAUAAACUAUAUGCUACAGUAACAAUACUGUAACAAAUACCAAGGAUGUUGUUUUAAAUUCCAUCUAUUCCAACCAAAAAUCAUAAUUUGAUGUAAUUGACUGUGUUUUUCAUAAAUACUAAUGGAGCCAAAUGGGAUUAUUUCCUUAACGGUAAUCAUCUGAAUAUGGAAAUUACUCCUUAGUACUAAAUAUUGAUGCAAACAGUCUCAGUUAGAGGGAAAACUAUGUAUUAUUGCGCCAGUUUGUAUAUGUGGCAUAUGUGUUCCUCAAAUUGUUACAGGAGAAGCAUCAAUGAUGAUGCCUUAUCAUUAUGAACUGUGUAAUGCACUGUUUAAAGUUUUUAUGUUCAUUGUUUAAUUGUACACUUUUCAUAAACAAUUACAG